UAUUGCACUUAUAGCUGUAGAAAAAAAUAGAGGCUGUGCCUGUGACUGAAAAAAAAAAUGGAGGUUUUAAGUUUCAACAAAAAUAUGUUGAUGAUGAUAAUGAUGGCUAUGAUGUGGAACAUAGCAAAAUCUUUGCGUCAUGAUGUUGGAGGAAAUAAAUUUGGAUGGGUACCUGGUGGUAACUUGACACAAUGGUCAUUGAAUGAACACUUUCUUGUUGGUGAAUGGCUAUACUUUGGAUAUGAUAGACACAGUUUCAAUGUGUUAGAGGUGAACCAGACAAGCUAUGAAAAAUGCAUAGAUACUGGAUUUAUCAAGAACAUAUCAACAGGUGCCGGACGAGACGUUUUCCAGUUGACGGAGGCGAAGACCUAUUACUUCUUAAGUGGAGGAGGUUACUGUUGGGAAGGUGUGAAGCUUGCUGUUGAUGUUUUGGACCAUCUUCCACCGGCUCCUGCGCCUGCUCCCAAUGGCAGUUCUUCAAUUUCUUCCACCUUUCAGAUAUAUUAUUCACUUGUGGGGGCUAUCUUAGUCUUGAUUUUCACUAAUUUUUUGAUGUAAUUUCAGUUAUAUCAGAGGAUGUUUCGUUGAUUUUCUCUUUUGUAAUGGUAGAUUCAAAUAUUCAAACUUUGUUAUGAGGUGGUUGACAAUUAUUGUUUAGUAGCUUUGUCUUUGAAUGUCAUCUAUUAUAGGUUAUAAAAAAUAAAAGGGGUGGAAUGUUAGUUUAUGCUCCAUGA